AUGGCAGGAACUGAAGCUACGAAAUAUGCUUCUGCUACAACCAGUACUACAAACAAUUUAGCCAAAUCGAACAAACCCAUCAUCAAAAGGUUCAUUGGGGUGAGGCAAAGGCCUUCAGGAAGGUGGGUGGCUGAGAUCAAAGACUCUUCUCAGCAUGUGAGGUUGUGGCUUGGAACCUAUGAUACACCAGAAGAAGCUGCAAGGGCUUAUGAUGAAGCAGCUCGUGCACUACGAGGGGAAAAUGCCCGAACCAACUUUGCACCAGUGAACCAAUCCAUAGGCCAAUCAGGUUCUAAUCCUUCUAGUGAAGGGCUUUUAAUUUCAACUGGGUCUGAUGGAAAGCAUGGUUUGAGCUUUGCUUCAUUGAAAGCCAAGUUGAGCAAGAAUCUCCAAAGCAUUAUGGCUAGAGCAAGUGAUAACAAGUCCUCAAAGAGUAGGGUGAGUGACCACUUCACUUUUGCUAGCAUAUUCCAUCGUAGGAGUUACCAAAUCCCUGCAAUGGAUAUGAAAAACAUUGAAAAAGUGGUGCAGCCUAGUAUUAUUGUGCCACCUGUGGAUGGUGAUUACCCUGCUGCUACUUGGGAAAGUUCUAGUAUGUCUGAUUGUAGUUCUGAGUGGGUCGGGUUCAGACAACCCGGGUUGGACUCUGAUGGGUCGGAUAUAGGGGAAGUUGGUGUUGGUGAUCAAGGGUUCUUGGACCAAUUGAUGGGGUGGGCUGAUAGCAAUGAUGCCAGUGGAAGUGAGGGUUCAAGGAGUAAGAGGUUCAAGGUGUCUUCUUCUGUGCUUGUGCCCCCAACUUUCACUGGCUCUUCUUAUGAUUGUGGAUCCCCUUAUAGCGGUUAUGCCUCUCCAUAUAACGGUUUUGCCUCCCCAUGUAAUGGUUAUGCUUCUCCAUAUUACAAUAAGAAGUGA